CCGCUCCCCCCUUCUCACUCCCCACGCCCCGCCUGCUUGGCUCCCAGACGUUGAGGGGGCUUUUCACUUGGCGGCUGCUGCGGGCUCGGGGAGCUGCGGGCGGCCACGGAGCUUCCCUCCCCUCGGCGGCCACAGUAAAUGCAGUUUAUGUUGCUUUUUAGUCGCCAGGGAAAGCUCCGACUUCAAAAAUGGUAUGUCCCACUAUCGGACAAAGAAAAGAAAAAAAUCACAAGAGAACUUGUUCAAACAGUUUUAGCCCGUAAACCCAAAAUGUGCAGCUUUUUGGAAUGGCGAGAUCUGAAGAUUGUCUACAAAAGAUAUGCUAGCCUGUAUUUCUGCUGUGCUAUUGAAGAUCAGGACAACGAACUAAUUACCCUGGAAAUAAUUCAUCGUUAUGUUGAACUUCUUGACAAAUAUUUUGGCAGUGUGUGUGAACUUGAUAUCAUCUUUAAUUUUGAGAAAGCUUAUUUUAUUUUGGAUGAAUUUCUUUUGGGAGGAGAAGUUCAGGAAACAUCUAAGAAAAAUGUACUUAAAGCCAUUGAACAGGCAGAUCUGCUCCAAGAGGAUGCUAAAGAAGCUGAAACCCCACGUAGUGUUCUUGAAGAAAUUGGAUUGACAUAAGCCAUCUCCCCUGUUGAUGACAUCAUGUGUUCUCACAUACUGUAGAUGUUCACUGCCUUCAUGUCAAUGUUUAGCUAAUGGUGUAAGAUGCUGUUUGUCAGUAUUACUGUUUUGCUAAGCCGCUUCAUUCAGGCCUACAUAAAAACACUCCACUUUUUCAAAAGGGAAUAAAAAGUAUUUUUUUUUUUAAAAGGGACUUACUCAAAUGUUAACUAAAACUUGAUGCAAAAGAAAUCUUUUCAGUAUUCUUAAUAGUUGAAUUAUGUCAGUUUCCCAUUAGUUUUAUUUGUAUGUGAUAAUUAUGAAUAUACACAUAAAAUCACAAUCAGGAAGCACAUUUGUUGCAUUGAAUUGCAUUCAACUGAAAGGAAGCUACACUUAUUAUCAACUUAAAAAUAAAUGUAAUAAUGUUUCAAUAUGGUUUUAUGCAACCAAAGACUAGUGUUACACUUCAGUAUUUAUGGGAAUGAGAAAAACUGACUGAUUUCACAUAUCAAAAUGAUUUAAAUUUUACCAUUACCACUGAAACUUAAACAUACAUAUGUAUACCAAAGAUACUUAUUGGGAACUACAUAUUUUAAACUGGUAGCUUAUUGAAAAAUGUAUGUUUCUGAGACUAAAGGGAUAUUAAAGGGAAUACAGGUUACUUUAAUCAAAACAAUUCUAUUUUAUACUGACCAUUGGGCAGGAAUUUGGAUCGAAGAUGUUCAACAUGAGCACAUAAUGUAUACUAUGAAAAUGGUUAAAUUACUUCCUAUGUAAGAUUUCUCUGAGCAUAAUCUUACAACUUAUUUUUAUGCCCCCCAAAACAUUCUACUGCCACUUAUGUACCUCAUUUCUCCAUAAGCUAUGGGAAACAUCUACUUAAAUAAGAUGUUAUAAAUUACUCAAUUGCCUAGUAUUAUUGCUAUUUCAACACAAACUUGCUUGUGUUCACAAAUUAUCACGUGACUAAAACUUGCUCCAUAAACUUGCUUGGGUUGGUACUAUCUGAUUAAAUUUUCCAUAUACUUUUUUAUGAAGUACCUACCACUAGUUUGACAUUUUUUUUCUUUCAUGCCACCUCCUAGUCAGAAAAUAUUCUACAUUAUCUUUCAUGAAAAAUGUUAGAUGGAUGAAAUAAAUGGCAAUGUAGAGAAUUAACUUUUUAAAAUUUUUAGUUUCAAUACCAUUUUCAUAUGUAUUUAAACAUGUCUUCAAAGUUUACACUUUCACUUAUUUGUAUGUGCUUGGCUGGAUUAAGCUUUGUGAUUGUGACCAAUAUCUAGGCUGUGACCAUUGUCUUUAUCACAUACAUUAGUUACAAUAAAUGUCCACUCUUACACCAUU